GCUGUUGGCUCCCAGGGGGAAAGGGCUGGUGUGCUGCCGUUCAAACUUGUCAGUCAGCUGGUGCCAGCAGCCCGGCGUGGCCGCCCCGCGCGCUCUCGGAGCCUGUGUCAGUCCGCCCGGCUCUGCGCGUCUGCUCCGAGGCGCAGCGGCCCGGCCGGAGGUGGCGGCGGCGGCUUCUCUCGGCCGGCGGGGCUCCCGGAGCGCGCGGCUCCGGCCUCUGCGUCGCCCCCGCGCCUCUCCCCACCGAGGCCCCUGAUUUAUGGUCGCUCGCUCGGGACUGCCCUCCCCGGCUGCCUGCCCCCGCCUGCCAGAAUGGCAGAGGCCGAUCUGCUCAAGGAGAGACUCCAGGCCAUCACGGAUAAAAGAAAAAUACAGGAAGAAAUCUCACAGAAGCGGCUGAAAAUAGAGGAAGAAAAACUAAAGCACCAGCACUUGAAGAAAAAGGCCUUGCGGGAGAAAUGGCUUCUGGACGGAGUCAGCAGUGGGAAGGAACAGGAGGAGAUGAAGCAGCAGAACCAGCAAGACCAGCACCAGAUCCAGCUCCUGGAACAGAGUAUCCUCAGACUUGAGGGAGAGAUCCAGGAUCUGGAAAAGGCUGAACUGCAAAUCUCAGCUAACGAGGAGGCGAUUUUAAAGAAACUGAAAUCAGUUGAGAGGACGACAGAGGACAUAAUAAGGUCCGUGAAGGUGGAGAAGGAAGAAACGACCAGAGAGUCGAUUGAAGACAUCUAUGCUAACAUCCCCGACCUUCCAAAAUCCUAUGUACCUUCCAGAUUGAGGAAGGAAAGAAAUGAUGGAACAGAAGAUGAUGAACAAGAUAGGAAAGCUUUGUACGCCAUGGAAAUCAAAGUCAAAAAGGACCUGAAGACCGGAGAAAGCACGGUCCUGUCGUCCAUACCCCUCCCGUCCGAGGACUUCCGAGGGGCAGGCGUCAAAGUCUAUGAUGACGGGCAGAAGUCGGUGUACGCAGUGAGCGCCAGUCCCCAGGCCGAGGUCAACGGCACCGACGGCCUGGCCCCUGUGGAGGUGGAGGAGCUCUUGAGACAGGCCUCGGAGAGGAACUCCAAAUGCCCGACCGAGUACCACGAGCCCGUCUACGCCAACCCGUUUUGCAGGCCUGCGACCCCGCAGCGAGGGCAGGCGAGCCCUGGACGAAACUUGCAAGACAGGAUCAAGACUAAAGCGGACGCACUGGUAAACGAGAGGGCCGUGUCCCCACACCACGUGGACAACGGGCUUUCCGAGGACAGAGGCCACUGCUGGAAUCACGUCAGUCCCACCCGGCCAAUCCCUCACCCCCGAUCGAUGUCUCAGCGAGGCCAGGAGACGCCCCACUCUCUCCAGAAGAGGCUGGCGACAACUUGGGAAGAGUCAGAUGGGAUGCAGGACAAGAACACACCCUCUCCGACGGCGAGGCUGAGUCCCAGGGAGGCGCUGGUUGGGGGGUCAGAACACCAGGGCCCCUCGCCAGCUUGCCAGGGGUAUGAGGAAGACGUCAGAUACAAUAUCGUUCAUUCCCUGCCUCCGGACAUGGAUGGGGCAGAGCCCGUGACGAUGAUUUUCAUGGGGUACCAGCAGGCAGAAGAUGAUGAAGAAGAAAAGAGGCUUCUGACGGGGUACGACGGGAUCAUCCACGCGGAGCUGGUUGUGAUUGAUGAGGAGGAGGAGGAGGCGGAGGAAAAGAAACCAUCCUCCCGCCCCUCCACCCCCCACAGCCGGGGCAACCAGCUCACCAAACCAACACCGCUUCCUAGAAAGAGAGCAGACGUCAACCACCGUGAGAACACGCACCAUCCACCUCCCCACAAAAACUCCAUUUCCCUGCAAGAGCAAGAAGAAAGCUUGGGCAGCCCUGCCCGCCGGUCUCUGCAGGCCGUCCAGGGUGCUGGGGAUGGAACGGAGGACCCGUCCCUGACAGCUUUAAGAAUGAGAAUGGCAAAGCUGGGGAAAAAAGUUAUCUGAGAGGUGUCCCAUCUACGUAAACAUUCUCUGGAGAAGAAACUAAGAAAUGUUUGCAACUUUCUCUGCUGGAUAUUUUCUUUCUUUCUUUCUUUCUUUCUUUUUUUUUUUUUUUUGAGAUCCAAAAAAGUAUACCCAUAUUAAGCCAUGUGAAUAAGCAGUAGUUAUUAUUUGUGGGGAAAAAAUUGCAAAAAAAAAGUGGGGAGCACCAACACUUCACUUUUCCGGUGACUUGACGUGAUUCAGUGCGGGAACCAGUGUAUUUUUACUGUAUUGAUACCAAAGGAUUUCUACCAAGAGCUUGUUAAAUUUAAGAAUAAAGUUAUUUAAAAUA